AUGUUUCAAUAACGAUUUGAUUAUUUAAGAUUGCCUGGCUUUGUAGCAGAUAAUAUUAUAUUAGAUCGUAAACAAGAUUAUUAUUGAUUCAUAGCUGGUAGUAUAAAGAUAGGAGUAGGUUAAAAUGCAAUUAGAAAGAUUUUCAAGGUGCAAGAUUAUGAUUAAUUUGAAAGAAUGCAAAUAAGUUCGUUAGCCUAAGCAUUAUAAAAGAAUUAGAAAUAUGAUGCAAAUAUUCACACAGAUGAUCUUUUACUUAGAUAUCUUUAUGCUAAUAAAUUCAAUAUUUAAGCCUCAGUUGAUGUAAUUAUAACAAUCAUUCUAGCAAUUAGUUAAAACAAAUGAGAUACUAUUCUAAGCUGGUUAUAUGAGACUUGAUAAAGAAGUGGAGUAAUUAUAUGUAAAUAAAUAAUCUAAAUCAAUAGUUUAAAGGAGCACUAUAUAUAGAGGGAAGAACUAGAUAACAUGUUCCUUGUAUUGUAGUAUCUACAAAGUUGGUUGAUGAUUUGGCAUUAUUUGAGAGAGCAGCAAUUAUUUUAUGUGCCAUAAUUGAGGAUUAUAUGUUUUAUAGUGGUAAAGUGGAAUCAUGGAUAGCUGUUAUUUAAACUAAAGAUUAAAGUGCUUACAAAAUGCCAUUAGAUAAAAUAUUUUCUAUUAUUAAGAUAUUGUAGACUUGUUUCCCAAAUACUUGUGAUGCAAUAUACAUUCUUAAUGCUACUUUAUCUAUUAAUCUACUUUGGUCAUAAAUUGAAGGUAAUAAAUUUCAUAUUAAAUAGAAUAUAUAAGUCCUAUUACUCUUGGCAAAAUUAAAUUUUUGAAGGAUAAAGAAUUACCUAUAUUAUCAAAUUAAUUUCAUUCUGAGUAACUUGAAUAAUCAUUAGGAGGUGAAAAGAUUUUAUAAUCAUAUUGGCCACCAGAUCCUAAUGAUUAUAUGUAUGAUUAACCACCUUAAUAAUAACAACCAUUUUAUGAGUAUGAAGAAUAACCUUAGGUCUUCUUUUCAGAUAAUAAUAAUAAUCUCUAAUACAUGAAUGAAGCACCUAUUUUACAUGAAGAAAUUCCACCACCUAUUCCUGUUUCAAAAUAACCUGAACAUAUAUAAGAAGAUAUUGUUCCAAUUGUCCCUGAAAAAAAGAAAAAAUGCAUUUGUGUCAAAUGUUCUAGAGAUUUAGAAAAUUUAAAUUCUUAACCUCGUGAACGUUAACCUUCUGAACCUUAACCUGUAAAUAAACCUAUAAUAAAAUAAUAAGAGCCAUAAAAAUAAGUUAUUUAAUAAUUGGAUGAUACUUAUAUCCCAUAUGAAAGAAAAUAUGAUAGUUUCAUUAAUGAUACUAGUUUAUUAAUACCCAAAACAAUUAAUGAUACUAUUUAAUAAGAUAAUAAAGAUGAACAAUAAUUUGGAGGUAAUUCUUUCAAUAAUUCUUAAUUAUAACAAUUUGGUCAAUAACCUGAAUUAAAUCAAAAGUCUAAUAAACCAUCAUUUACAAAUCCAUUUUAUAAUGCUGAUUCAAUGUAAGGGUCUUAAAAAAUAGAACCAAAAUAACCUCCAAUAAUUUCAAAUAAAGUUAGUUAAGAGAUAUAAGCUAAUAUGGAUGAUACAAUAAUUGAUGAUAAACCAGAUUAUUAACCUAAGUAUGUGAGUAAACAUAGUAGACCAUAUUAAUCUAAUAAUUUUAAUUAACCAUCUCAAUCAAGUCGUAUAACAAAUAAUAUACCCAAUCUUUACAAUUUACAAAAUAUUCCUAGUUAUAAUCCAAUUAAUUAUGCAUAAUAUUCAUAAUAACCUGUUGUCUAAUCUUAAUAAUAUAUACCUACUCUCUAAACAUAAACGUAGAGUCAAUAAUACAUUAAUAUAGAACCUUAAUUUUAACAAUACGAUGUUAUUUAAUAACAUCCGGUAUAAGUGCAAGACUUUGAAAAUACUAAUUAUAAUCUAAAUUAAUCCUAUCAUGCUCCAUAACUUUCUAAUGAUCCAAAAAAAAAAUAUGAUUUUAGUUAAUGGGAUAAGUAUAAUGAUGGUAAUGAUACUGUGCCCAUGUAACCAUAUGUCCCAAUAUCAAACACUUAUACAAGUCCUUACAUAUAAUAGAGUCCAAUACCCAACUAUAAUAUAAAUGAAGAUUAUAAUAAGAUAAAUGAUAAUCCAAUUGAUUACAAACCUGGUGAUUUUAGACCAUCAACCUAUAACUUUACUCCUUAUGAUUAUAGAUAUAGUGAUUAACAAUUUUAGCCAAAUACAACUAAAGAGAGUGGGUAUGAAUAUAAUUAUUAUAAUUUAGAACAUAAUAAUUAUAUCAAUAAAAACCAGGAUAGUAAGCAUGUUAAAUAUUUUGA